AUGACCUCGCCGGCUUCCCCUGGGACAAAGUCGAACCCUGCGGGACACAUUGAUCCCACGACGCAGCGACGUGCAUCUGACAGCAAGGUUAUUGUCAAGAGGGAAGGAGGGGAAGACGGUUCUCCCGAGUCUGGCCAUGUCGAGCAUCAACAUCAUGUCUCCCCUGGCGGAGUGGCCAAGCCCGUAACUCAUUCAAGUCUACCAGUACCCUCAACUACAGCUCACCAUCUCAACGACGCUUCACCACAUGCAUUGCCAAACAAACACGCCGCCGCCGCCGCCGCCGCUCAAGCUCAAGCCCCCACCGUCGGACCCCCUGCUCACGGACAUCACGCAUCCCAUCCCUACACCAACCCCCCAGAUUCCGUGCAUUACAUCCCAAGUCACCCAAUGGCCUCUACAUUGCCAGAGCAAAUUCGCUACAGCGAACAGGGCUAUGCCGCCGUCCGACCCGUCUACCCGACCCAGAUUUAUUAUGACCCGACUUUGGGUCCCGUCGAGUACUCGGUCGACCCCACACAUGCCGGAGCUCACGCAGCAUAUCCACCGCUCGCGGCGACGCGUGGAUCGCCCGUCAACACGUAUUCCCAGCAGACGCCUGCGGUGCCCUCGUUCCAUCCACCCACAACAACACCGCCCGUCCCUCAAGCGGCUUGGACAAACUCACCAAUAGCCCAACCGUUUUACGGCUCCUACGGCGGCAUGGCAGCUCCACCGGGCACACAACACGCUGGCCAGCCUCAACUAGGAGAAGAGCUCGCCCAUGGAAGGUCCGUCUACAUCGGCCACGCCCCCCACUCUGCUUGGUCUGCCUCCCCAGUCAUUCCCGCGCCAUAUCAGUUCUUCCCCGCAUAUCAGGGAGCAAGCCCUCGUGCCGACCGACUCGAGACGAUUCCCCAAGAAGCUUGGCCUCCAAACUCGGCGGCUGCCCAAGUCAGGCCAGCAUACGUUCCGCACGCCGCUGGUGCGACUACAGCGUGGAUGAGCCCGCCCGCGGCGCCGGCGCGCGAACCAAACCGACAGUCGUACAGUGGCCCAUCCGGAGAAGAGCCAGCAGCAACAGCGGCGGCUGGGGCGGCAGCCGCGUCUGCUGCGGCCGCCGCGGCCUCAGCGUCGAAGGCUGGCGCUGGCGCCGGCGCCGCGGUCCGCCCUGGCCCAGACCGAGAGCGCAAGGAGUACCACCCUCAGCCCCCUGCGCGUCGCAGCGAGUGGGUCAUGUGGGUUGGUAAUGUCCCGAGCAACGUCUCGCACGAGGAGCUAUGGCGCUUCUUCAACACGACUGUCCCAACGACGUCCACUACGCCCCCAGCCUCGUCCGAGCCAUGGCGCGGGCCAUCCUCCAUCUUCUUAAUCUCGCGAUCGUCGUGCGCAUUCGUCAACUUUUCGUCACAGGCGGAUCUCGAUCGGGCAGUUCCGUUUUUCAACGGCUUGUCACUCAGACCGUGGGACCCUCGUUGCCCCCGCAUGGUGUGUCGUGUGCGACGAAAGGACGACGACCUCCGAGCCGGUGUUGGAGCGCAGCGUGGCGUGGGAAUGCACCGCUCAUGGAUUGAGCAACACCGACACAGCGAAAGGCAAGCUCAGUUGGCCGUUUCUCCCAAGAACUCGCUACUUGAGCCGCCCGAUGGCGAUCACAGCGGGCACGAUUCGUCGUCUGCGCACAAGAGCUCGGCCAGUUUUGCGAGUACCAACUCGAGCUUUCUUGCGCACCACUUCCCCAAGCGCUACUUUAUCCUCAAGAGUCUCACGACUAGCGACUUGGAGGAGUGUGUCAAGACCGGCCUGUGGAAGACGCAGCGGCAUAAUCAGCCCAUCUUAGACCAGGCGUUCCGAACGUCGCAAGAAGUCAUCCUCAUCUUUGGCGCCAACCGCUCUGGAGAGUUCUACGGCUACGCAAAAAUGAUCGGGCCUAGCAACAACAAGCGGCAAAGCAGCAGCAUUCUUCGCUCCUCAUUCACCUCGACGUCUGGACUGUUGCUCGCGACGAGCCCGGGUGGAAAAGACUUGCCUCGCCACCAGAAGGGUUCGCUACCUGCUCCGAUUCGAGAAGAGGAGGAUAUCGACCCCCGAGACAAUGCGACUCGGGCGGCGACGGACCCGUACAGACUGUACGGGCUGCUGUCACCUGCCCCUCAACGCAGCGAGACUUCGGCUUCGUCACCGGGGGUUCUGACCGACGAGACAAUGGGCUUUGGCAACCUUGAGCUGUCACCCAAAGGCGGGCACCUCUAUGUUCGCUCCGAGUCGCCCGACAUGUUGGAAGAAGGCGCAAGGCGGGCGAGCACACUUGACCCCCAAACACUUCGGGCGUUUGAGCGCCGCGAGUCAAAGCCCACACGGCUCGGAACCAUGGAGCAACACACGGGCUCCCUGUUGGUUCCGCCUCACAUCCGCAAGGAAACGUUUGACGUUCGGAGGGAGAGCAUUGGGGAGAACGUCCGAAAGGAAACGUUUGAUCUCCGGAGGGAAAGCAUGGGUGGCGAGAGGGUCAUUGUCGAGGCUCCGGACACGUACGAGGCCGAGCAAGAUGCCGAUACGGCCGACCCCUUGGCACCGGCUUUCCGCCUGCAAUGGCUCAAGGUUGGCCCUCUCAGCUUCUCACGGACACGGCACUUGCGCAACCCUUGGAACGGGGACCGUGAGGUCAAGGUGUCGCGCGACGGAACGGAAGUUGAACCUGGUGUUGGCGCUCAGCUCUUGGCAGAGUGGGAUAGACUGGAUACACCUGCGAGCGGGGGAGGCACCAAGAGCGGUGGUGGAGCGACCAACAACAGCAGCAGCAAGACUCCUUUGUAAACAACCCCCACCCUUAUUUGUACAAUUCUAUUUUCUCUCUGCACAUACACACACGAUACAUACAUACAUGGACUGCACACACACGCUUAUGCAUAUGCUGGGU